AUGCUAAUGUUAAACGCACCGCAAUGCGAUAUGAGCAAAUUUUCCUCAUUUAUUGAACUUCUAGUUAAACAAACGUGUCGACGAGCUUCACAUGAAUUUGAAAUGGGUUCGAAACAUUCGUCGGCACCUCUACCGGUCACUGCAGAAAGGGAUGCCACUGGAAUAUAUUCUUUAGAAUUCCUUAAGUCACUGCACGACAAACCUAAAGAAAAUAUUUUUAAACUGUUGAAGACAAUGGAUCCAAAUAAUCCCGAUAGUGUGAAAAGUCCUAACAAUCUUAAUUGGCUAAAUAAUAGUAAAGAUUUUUCCAACAUCGAACGAAAAAAACUGCUAGAUUUCCUUCACAAAGUGAAAGACAUGUCUCCACCAAAGUCGAAAAAGUGGAUCGAUUUACAUCAUUGUAUGCAUUAUGUGUACAGAAAUUUUGCAAGUGUUUCUCCCGAUCCGGCCGCAGAAGUUCUAUCACCAUUUUUUAUCGCCGAAAUGAGAGAAUUAGUUAAAAGCUUACUUGAAGAAGACGAAAGUCAGCUUUAUUUGAGAAUAUUGGCUUUACUUAGAGAAUAUUGCAUUUUUGCGCAAUGGAACUACACUAAAUGCGAUGGAGAAGAACACCUUAUAACUAAGUUAUUUUAUUAUUACGAAGCUAUGUUGUCUGCUGCUAAAAAUUUGAGUUCGAUAUUUUCGGAAUUUGAAGUCAUCAUUUACAGGAAUUAUUCCGUGUGUUGGAUUGACUUUAAUACAUGCGUGUUCAUAAGAUACUUUUUCGAAACUGAUUAUGUUCAGAACAAAAUCUCUCAAUGUUUAAAGACCAAAAUCAGUCCUGGUGAUACUCCGGCCAUGUUAGGGUUAUUAGAAGAUUUAAAAAAUUUGUGGAUAAAAGAACAGAAGAGGAUUAGAAAAAUAAAUGACGACCACAGCUUAGUUGAAGGAACCGUUUCCUAUUUUAUAGAAGAAGCAAUGAUAGGAAACCAUAAGAAAGUUUUAACUAGUAAUUUUUGGAUGGAAAGAUCUCAACAAGAGAAAAACGACUUAGAUCUCAGGCGAUUGGAUCACCAUUUCUUCAGGCUUCUGGGAGAUCCCUUUUUCCAUCCAGCCGGUCCGAUAUUAGACCGAAAUGGCCAAUGCAUAUGCGAGGAAUGCCUGAUAGCAAAGUACGAAUUUAUUUUGGAAUCGAACGAAGACCACGUUAACGACAAGAUAUUGAAGAAUCAUUGUCGGUUAACUUACUGCAGGAGAUGUCAGAAACUUAUUGAUCUAGACCAUUUCCAUCGGCAUAUAAAUAGUCAUGCUGUGACUGAUGGUAGUAACUUACUAGUGAACGGUAUGAAGAAUUUAACAGAGUUAGUGUCUGACAAAAAUGAUUGUAUGACGUUAGGUAACGGAUCUGAUGAACUAACAAAUGGUGAAUCGGAAAAUGAUGGCGAAUGUUGCCAAGAUGGCGAUAAUAUUAACGGCGAAGAAAAGCCGCUAAACAUAACGAGCUUACGAAAUACAUGUGAUAUACAUUUCUCUAAACCUCAACACGACCCGAGUGAGUUGCACUGUACUAAAUUGGCUUUCGAGGAGUUCCUGAGGCUCAGAAGGGAAGCCGAUAAAAAUAUGCAAGGUUCUAAUAAAACUAUCAGGAAUUUUAUAAAAAUAAAAAAGGACAUGUGCGGCAAUACGAGCAUUAGCGGUCAGCUUGUAAUCAACAAUAUUUUAAAAUCUCCUACAAGUUUAUCGAAAAAAGAUGACAAAGAAAACGAAGGCGUUAAAGUAAAGGAUUUGCCGAAAAAUUCGCAAAAAUUCGAUAAAUCGCGAAUGUCAUCGACAUUCAAAACGACUGUAACGAAGAAUGGCGAGAAUGUCUGCAAACGCGAACAGGAACCUUCAAUUGUCUGCCAAGGACACGCAGGAAUGUGUGAACACCAAAAGGAGACAAAAAAAUGCGAUUGUACUUAUUGCGAAGUAUUUGGAUCGGAAAAGUUUCCACCGGUAGCUUCCCAUUCUCAUAAAAGUAACGAAUUGAGAGAUCGAUUGAGAAUUCGCCUCCAUCAAAGAAGAGAGAAAAGAUCGAAGGACACUUCCAAAAAUCCCCUAUCCACGGUCAAUUCGGUCACUAUCAACGUCAAUGCAACAAAAAUAAAGACUGCAAUUAGUAAAGUAGAAGAAAGGGUACCGCUACCCUCAUCUCCUACGAAUAUUCCUCCAGCUCCAUCGGUUAAAUCCUCCGAUUCGUCGAUAGCAACGUCGUCUGUUGCUACUUCUAAUGGCACCGAUGACAUUCACGGUUUAGUCAAUUACAUCGAGGGCAAUACAGCUUUAAAUAAAAUGGAGCUGGCGCAAAAGAAAGCCGCCAAAAAAGCUCGACAACGUAAGAAAAAGGAGGAAGACCGGAUUAAAGCAGAAGAGGAGCAGAAACGUUUGGAAGAGGAAAUCAAGAAAAAAGAAGCCGAGAAAAAGAAGGAAUUAGCGCGGAAACAAGCUGAACAAGAAAAGUCGAAAGCUGCUGCCGAGGCUGCUGCAGUUCAAGCUUUGAAAGAUCUGAAAAAGCGAUCAAAGAAAGAGAGACAGGCCGAAAAGCGAAGACUUCUGAAAAUAGAUGAUAAAACGAACGUUGUCGAAGAAACGAUCCCUGCAAUGGUAACUAUAAAAAGGAUAGCAGAAAGCGGUAGCAGCACUCCAACUGUUACCAUCACUCUCAAAGGAUCGACUCCUGAUCAGGACAAGUUGCUCUAUACGCUCGUUAAUGGUUCAGACGACGCAAACACCAAGCCAAAAGAACAACAGGAACUUAAGCCUGCAUCGAAGAAGAAAAAGAAGAAACAAAAACAACAGCAAGAGCAACAGCAGUCGACUAAAAUUAAUAACGAGCCACCUUCGCCGAAACCGCCUCAAGUAGUGACCAAGGAGCUGAAAGUCACAGUUGCCCUCGACAUGAAUAAAAACCAGCAUCCAGCCAAUACUCCAGUAGUCAAUCAAAAACCAGCGAAACCUAAUUCUAACCACGUAGCAGAUAAAAAGCCGCCGAAACAAAACCUCCAAAAGGCCGAUUUGAGUCGGGAAGACUUGCCAAUUCCUAUGUUGCGUUUACCUCCAGGUAUUACAAUUACGAAAGUGGAAGGACCCGUUUCGAACAGAAACUAUCCAGCCAAUAACGCCGCCGAUCAAAAGGGCUCGUCGAUAAACGUGAGCAAAUCGGGCGUGAUAGUCGUGGAUACGGAGAAAUUGGUGCAACAAAAACAGGAUCCCGUUCAAACCAAGCUAAGCAAGAGCGCCAAAAAGAAGAAAAACAAAAAGAAACAAAGCGAUCCGAGCAUUAUCGCAGCGCCGAACGAUCUGAAGAAGAUGGUUACGUUGAAAAAUCCAGUGUUCCAAUCGCUUCACCACAAACCGGAGCCGUUUAUCGACAGAAACUCGGAGAGCUGCGGCCCGGCUGCGAUUUUCACCAACGAGAACGGAAUGGUGACCAUAAGGAGCUCUCGCCUGCAGCAAUCUUUGUCCAACGGUGGUAACAUGGACAGCUCGCUCAACCCCCUGCCAUUGUCUUCGAUCUCCAACUUACUGCCAGACAUUCAGAAAUCCCCGACGAACGCGGGUAUUCCCAUGCCGUCGGAAUUGGAUAAGAAAGCGGAUGCGAUAUCAUCGUUCAACGCUCAGGAAAUUUUAUCCGGUUUACCGGGCAUCGAGAUUACUAAAGUCGACAAGAGGAACGUGAAAAUCGAGCCGGAGGUAAAGAAAACGUGUCAAACAGCGCAAUUGUCUAUUAUACCAGCUUCGAAUGGCGGAGAUAAAUUUAAUUUAGAUAAGGAUGAUUGGCUAUAUGAUAGCGUUUUUACUCCCAGAGAUGUGCUAGAAGACGACAUGGAUGCCGAGGAAUUGGAAUUGGAGGCUUUCAAACGUUUCUGUCAGCAAUCGAUACCUCCCAAGAGAAAAGAGAAGGUUGCUCAUCUAAAUGUAGCUGAUAUUGUUGUGAAGAAAAAAACAGACGUUAAUUUCGUUUGA